AUUGCAAAAUAUGAACACAUAUCCGUCUCUCCGGAUCCGUCCGAAUAUGUUUAUCGUCACUGCGAUUUCCUUUUCGCAGUGAACUGAAUCGAAGAUACACCCCAGCGUGGCUGUGUGGAUCGGAGAGCAGUGGCGGAGACAAUUCCGAAGAAACGGAGCUUCAUCGAUCAUGGCUCCCGUUUCAACUCAUCCGAGCUCAUCUUACAUCGCUGUCCUCUCCCAGAAAAUCGAGAAGAAGCUUCAGCGCGCAUUGAUCUCGCCCUCUCAGACGCGCGAUUUGUUGCAAGAACUGUUUGCGGAUAUAGCUUUAGAAGUAGACGAUCGAGCGAAAGAAAUAAUUUUCAGCAGCGAAGAUGUAAUAUCGGCCACAGAGGAAAGGAUACAAGGUCCAAUAUGCUACUACGAUGUGCUCGCUGAGCAUUUCAUUAUUGUGCCCCACAAUGGGAGAGUGAUCCUUGAUUCGAUUGAUCAGCUAUGGAGCCAAUCUUUUGCUUCUAAUAUCUUCACACUAUUGUUUCACAAGUGGUUGUUUGAGGUUGAACACGAAAAUUCUAAAGUCCUCCUUCGGUAUUCUUCAGCUCUUAUUCAAGGUGCUAGUAAUGUGUUCUGGAUUGACAUUCAAACAAAUACAAGACGGUUUCAAAGUCUCUUUCGGUAUCUUCUAGAGGAAGUUGCCCUCCUUCCUGAUCGGUUAAAGAAGAUACCCUUGGAGGCUCAGCGGAGUUUGUUUCUCCUCCUUUCAAGGUUCCUUCUUUCUUAUGACUCAGUUGAAAAGCUAGAAAGGUUCUUGAAGCAAUUUCCUGACUAUCAGAACGGUUUCUUGAUUGGUGGUCCAGCUGAUAUUUUUGUUACUGAAUUGGCUGAUCAGGUGAGAAGUAUUAUACACUAAGGAUCUGUUUAGAACCUGUAAAAUGGUGUGAUGAUAAUAAAAAAGAACCUGUAAAAUGCUAGGGAAAGAAAUUAGAAUUGAAAAUAGAGGGAAAAUAUUGAUAUGACAUUUAGAGAGAAAAUUUGGUGCAAACACAAUAAAUCAAUUCCAGAUUAAAAACAGCUAAUUUCUUCUGCAUUUUUUCUGUUCCGUACCAUUUUCUGCUUUCUAAACAUAAGCUAAAAGAAUUUUCUAGAGCCCAUUUGCAUCCUAAAGAAUAUCGUGUUUAUUCUUUUUUUAAACCACUACCAGCUUCAGAAAUUAAAGGUCGAGCCAGUGUUAUUAUAUUACCUCUCCCAGAUGAAGGUUCUCAGCGGGUUACAAUUAAGGAUGACCACAAGCACAAGGCUGAAAACUUGUCUGUACAGUUUCACGAGCCCUGGGGCUCCUAUGUAUCCAACACGAGCCGUUCGCCAUGCGGCAUGGAAUGCCCUAAAUCUGCUUUUUCCUGUCGGCAUGUAUCCUCGGCACAUAAUAAGCUUCUUCUUUCGCUUGCUAUACCCCUGGUACUGGCCUGCUUCAUGUUGGAACUUUAUAAAGGCAUGCAUAAUGGCAGCAUUUUACUCCAUUCUAAGAUUGAUUCUCUCCAGUUGGGAAAGAUUAAGAAAACAAAAAGAGAGAUGAUUCCAACAGAAUCUGCUGUUCUAUCCCCCAUUAGAACUCUAUAAAGAUACAUUUGUGGCCACUGGUCACAUUAACUCUGUUGUACUAAGAUGGACGAAAUUGGGCAAAAAUCAUAUGAACGGCUUUUUGCGCCGGAUCUCAACAUAUGUCCCAAAAGACUACUACUGUAUUUCACAAAGGGUUUGAGUGCCAUAUAAUUUAGAUAUAUGUACACUGUCUUUUACACCAAACUUGUACAGACAUGCGUGCGCGUGUUUUUUUUUUGUUAUCGCGGAUGUCAUGUUAUGUCUGUGGGGAUCUCAUGUCUAUGUUUGUGAACAAAAAGUAGCAAAAUUGGUGUAUGAAGACUCGAAAGAAUAAUGUUGUUUUUUUCAUUUCAAAAUGUGUGCAUAAAGGAACUGAUACUUA